GGGGUGGGACGAUAGGCGUGGCUUAUCUUCUCCUCUGUUGACCGUUGGGCGCGCGAGGAAUUUCAAACAUUCGGGCAGAAACCAGGACGAAAUAGCCGGGGUGGGAUAUUAUACUAAUAAUAAAUAGAAGUAAAAAUACAAAAAAAUUCAAAAAGGGACGCGUUUCACAAGGCAGAGGGGUAAGAAACACUCGUCUACAGUGUGUCCGGGAACUAAGUGAACCAUAAAAAGGUGAUUGCUGUGACCGUGUUUUGAGAUGCCCCUGCUCCCCGUGCUCAGCCUCAGUGAAGUCCCCCGAGCCGGUCAGUGAUGCUGCAGGACGAGGUGGAGGCCUCUCUGCGGGCGGAGUUGGCUCGCCUCUCCUCGGAGCUGCAGGAGGCAGAGGAGGAGAAGCUGCAGGCGGCUCGCUAUGGGCUGGCCGUGCUGGAGGAGAGUGGAGCCCUGAAACAGAAAUACGCAGAGCUGGAAACGGAGCAUGAGGGGCUCAGACUGGAGCUGGAGCACCUGAAAGAGGCGCUGGCGGAUUCUGUGAGUAAUCGCAAGAAGGUGACUGCGGACGGAGAGAACCGCGAGGAGUCCCUGCUGAAAGAAACCGCCUCCAAGGAGUCUGCCCUGGAGGAGAGGAUCGAGGAGCUGCAGAACGAGCUGAAACAGAGCCGAGCCGCCCUGAACAGCACCCAGUCUGAGAACGAGCGCUGCAGCACGCUCUCCCACCACCUCAGCAAGGAGUGCGAGCGCUUGGAGGCCGAGAGAGGCCAGCUCCGGGAAGACGUUAAAGAGUACAAGAUCAGAGAGCUGAGACAACUGCAGGACAACGCGGAGCUGGAGGAGGAGAACAUCUCCCUGCAGAAGCAGGUUUCAGUGCUGAAAGAGAACCAGGUGGAGUUCGAGGCGGUGAAGCAUGAGCUGAAGCGGCACUCCGAGGAGCUGGAGCUGCUGAACGCUCAGCUGGAAGAGGAGGUGCGCCUCCGGGAGAUCUCGGAGAGGCAGCUGGAGGAGGCUCUGGAGGCGCUGAAGCAGGAGCGGGAGCAGAAGAACAGCCUGCGCAAGGAGCUCGCCUCCUACAGCCUCAACCCCUUCGACUCGCUCGGCAACCUGCAGCUGCACCUGGAUGAGCUGGGGCUGGACCCGAGCCUGCCAGGGGAGGAAGAGGAGGGGGACAGCGGCUUCAACAACGGAGCCCCCGUCAACGGGGAGCGACACCACCGCAACUCCACCCCCCGCAACAGCGAUGUCUUUCACCCUGCCCCCAGCCUGGUUUCGGACUUGCUCAGUGAGCUCAACCUCUCUGAGACGCAGAGACUCAGGCAGCAGCUCCUUCAGACGGAGCAAGAGAAGGCAGGCCUGUCCAGCUCGGUUCAGGAACUGCAGAGGCAGCUGGAGAACACCAAGGGAGCUCUGGCAGAGCAGCACUGCAAGACGCACAAACUGGCCGAACAGGUGGAGGCCCUGCAGGGCUGCAAGGAGUUCCUGCUGCAUCGUGGGGGGCAGAGCAAGGAGCACUGCAUUCGCACCGGGGGCUCUGGGGAGAGCGGACAGGACGAGUACUACGAACUGGACGUCAACGGGGCAGAGAUACUGGAGAGCCGCUUCCGAGCCGCCAACGGAGAACUGACAAGGCUCAGGAAGGACUUGAAAGAGGCUGGGGCCAAAUACUCCGCCCUGGAGAGCAAAUGCAGGCAGGAGAAGGACCGGUGGAGGGGGGAGGCGCAGGAACUGGCCGAAAAGAUCCGGCAGUGCAUCAAAUCCAGCCAGCAGGACCGGGAACGCAUCUCCGAGCUGGAAAAGGAGAUCGGAGCCACCCGCAAAGUGGCCACCGACUCCGAAGGCAGCCUGAGCAUGGCCCAGGAUGAGCUGGUAGCCUUCUCCGAGGAGCUGGCUUAUCUGUACCACCACAUCUGCAUGUGCAGCAAUGUGACGCCCAACCGCGUCAUGCUGGAUUACUACAGGGAGGGUCGUGGCAGCCGCAACCCGCUCAGGAAACGCAGGUCUUCGGACCUGUACGCGAAGAGCCUAUUAAACCUGGACUCCCCCGUCGCAGAAAGUGGGAGCAGCGGUGAGGCCUCGCCAGUAGGGGGCAGCCCAAACUCGCCUACCCUGGACUUCCGGGACCCCUCCAACGUGAAGAGCUUGAUAGCCGUGGUACGCAGACAGAUAAAGCACCUACAGGUGGCAGUGGAGCUCUCGAGGCGACGAGGCACCCUGCCUGCCUCCUUCCCUGAGGCAGAGAGGGAUGGGGAGGAUCUCCUGGAGGAGGUGCUGAAACUGAAGUCUCAGCUCAGCACCAAGAGGGAGCAGAUUGCCACGCUCAGGACUGUCCUCAAGGCAAACAAGCAGACAGCGGAAGUGACCUUGUCCAAGCUGAAGAGUAAGUAUGAGAGCGAGAAGACGCUGGUUUCGGAGACAAUGGUGAAGCUGCGCAAUGAGCUGAAGGCCCUGAAGGAGGACUCUGCCACCUUCUCCUCUAUGAGGUCCAUGUUCGCCAGCAGGUGUGACCAGUACGUGACCCAGCUGGACCAAAUGCAGCGGCAGCUCGCGGCCGCCGAGGACGAGAAGAAGACCCUGAACUCGCUGCUGCGCAUGGCCAUCCAGCAGAAACUGGGCCUGACCCAGAGACUGGAGGAGCUGGAGACCCCUCACCCUGGAGCCAGCCCUCGACGGAGCCGCGGCAAGCCCGUCCGAUCCUCCCGCAGUCCCAGAGCCAGCCCGGUCAGGAGCUACCGCAGCCCCAGAGCCAGCCCAGUAAGAACCAACACUCCCGCUAGACCCUGUAGCUCCAGAACUAGUCAGCUCUUCCAGAGCAAAGCGGGCGGCUUUUACAGAAUACUAACUGUGUCUGUAUGAACAGGACGCGAUAAAACCAUCUGAAAAAGAACCUUCCACAGUAUUCCACUGAAGCUGGUUUUAUGUCCCUGGAAUUCAAUUUUGUCAGGGACACUGACCCCGCUCGCUCUCUCUCCUCCUCCUCCUUCUCUCAUUUCUAAAAUAACUGGACAAAAUUAAUUCAUCCCUUGUUCCCACUGAAAACAUAAUGACAAAUCCAAAUACUGCAACACUGUCCUGAACAUUUGAAUAAACAAAACAAAUGAUGCUUCAGAAUUGGAAAAUGUUCCAUUUAAGGAUUUUGCACUAAUGUUGACAAAACAAUGACUUUUUUUUUGUUUGUUUUACAAUGUAUAGAUGUUUUAAUUGAACAAUGUAAAUGUUGGUUCUAGUUUACAAUGAAGGCAAAUAGUUUAUUUAGUGGAUAGCUGUGCCUGUCUGUGGUGAUUUCAAUGCCACCCACACAAUCUACCAUUGCAUAUCUUUUUGAAAUGAGUAUCCAUAUAGGACCUGGGUUACAGAAGCACAAGAUGGCUUUUUACAGCUCACUGCAUUAACAUGAUUGUGAAACUUUUACAGCCUUUAAAUUUAUUUGGAGGACUUGGAACUAAAGUGGUCUGUUUGCAUUCAGCCCGAUUUUAAAUAAGGGUCAAUUGAUCUAAAAAUGAUUAGAUAAAACAAAGAAAUGAUCACCGACUGUUACAUUCGCUAAUAACUUUUUUUUUUUUUUGUACUUCAUUUAAAAUCCCCUGUUUAAAACGAUGUUCAAAAACCACAGUUUAAAAUAUCAGCACACUCAAGUAGUUUAUGUCAAUGUGUUUAUAAUCUCAUACUGUUGCAGAAGGAGAAUGCUUUGUUUCCUCAACCUAAAACUGCUAAAAGUGGAAACCUUAACUGGGAUUUACUUUUGUAUAGUGUUAAAACAAGAACUGAUGUACUAAACUGAUUAUAUAUUAAACUGGGCUGGAUUGUGGGACUCUGGCAGUUAAAAUCAUGCCACAUACAUUCAAACCACUUGAAAACUGCCAUAUAUAUAUAUAUAUAUAUAAUAAAUAAUAUGUCAUCAAGUUGCAAACUCCAUUACAACGUGCCUUAUGUAUGUUUGUUUUAUAACUGUAACGCACUCGGAAACAAGGGUUUUAUAUAAACUGACUAAAAAAAUUAUGUUUUGUAUUUUAUUCACUUUUGUUUUUAAAAACUUAAUGUAUUUUAAAAAAGCCAGAUUGUAUAGCCAUUUUAACCACUUUAUUUCAGUUCCUCCGGCUUCCCCAGCAUACGACAAACUAAUACUUAGACUGCCGUAACUAAAUGCAGGCAUCCUGGGUAGUGAAGGUGGGUGCAGUAUGCUUUGCAGACUACUGGUGAUGUUUGACGGUUAACCCCAGACCUAACCCUGAAGCUGUGUUUCCACUCCCAUGAACCCGUUCUCAACCCCAUCCUCAUGUGCUGCUGUUCAAUGACUGCCCUCCCCUCUCUCUACAAGCAUGUUCAUUCAGUGUGGAGAAUGGGUAGGAAAGCAUUUUGAGGGCAGGUUCAAAUACUUUAUAAAAGUUGAGGUAUAGAAUUUGUAGGAGUUUGUUUUUUUUUUUUGUUUUUUUUUUACAAAAAAGAGGAGGCUUUAUUAUUAUUAUUAUUAUUAUGUUUUUUUUUAAAGAAAGUUAAUAAAAUAAAAAAAUCUCUCAAGCUAUCAGUGUUCCAUCCAACCACUAAAUGCUCAAUAGUGUAUUUAGAAUGACUAAAAUAAAUGUAAUAAAGCUAAUAACAAACUAGGAGACAUUUUCAGUGUCUUUAUUGUCAUUGCAUUUAUUAGGUUUCUUUUAGGAUUUCUAACUUCUAAUAAAUGACCCGUUUGAUUCUUGCUGUUGGUGGAAACAGAGCUUCAGUUUACCUGGAGUUUAAAGCUUUUCCACAGACAGAAAGAAGACUCAUUGCAAAGCAGUUUGAUCCUGGUUUUACCAGGAGUUUAAUCAGACACACCUGAGCUUGUUUACCUAUACACUGUGGCUAAUCAAACUCAUAGUAAAACCUGGACUUAACUUUCCAAUCCAUGUUUUCCCAAGCAUGUAAAACUAUAAUCUGUGGCUGUACAGAGAUGGAAUUCCUCUUUUCCUGUUUACAAGACACUGGUGAUCUUAAACUGACAGUACUUUCUUUGCAUGGCUGCUGAUCUCGGAAGGCUACAUUUUUAUUUUCCCCUUUUUUUUUUUUUUUUUUUUUUUUUUUUUUUUUUUUUUUGGACAAUUUAGAACUAUUUCUCCUUUCCCAUCCCCACCCCACCCCACGCACGCACACACACACACACACACACAAGAUUUGUCACCACCUGGAUUUCGUUUUGUAAACGCACAGGUGUAUAUGAAGUAUAAAAAGAUGUAUAUUUAAGAAAACAGUGUAUAUGUUUAGAGUUGUGCUGGAAGGUCGUAUUGUUGUGUUCAUGGUUGACAUCUCACCCUGUUAUCACCCUGUUUUGUUUCCAUGAGAACAUUGUCAAUAAAACCCUUCACUAGUCAA